CCAGGCAGGGCCGGGCCGGGGUCCGCGCCCCACCCCGAGGCGUGGCUCGCCCAAGCUCAGUGCGCCCUGCAGAGCGCGGGCAGCAGAGGCUACAGCGCGGAGCUCGGCGGGCACAAUGUAUCUUCGCAGAGCCGUCUCUAAGACGCUGGCGCUGCAGCUGAGGCCGCCCCCGAGCCCCGCGCCGCUCCGGAAGGACGCAUCUUUCCGCUGGAUGUCAUCUAAAAAGACCCCUGGACCACCUGGAUCAAACAUGACCUACUACCUGGUCGUAGGUGUCACGGUCAGUGCUGGUGGAUACUACACCUACAGGACAGUAACAUCAGAGCAAGGCAAACAUAGUGAACCCAUAACAAAUUUGAAAGAAAAAACCAAAGCAGAGUUACAGCCACUUCAAGGUGAAAAAGAGAACCUUGUAGAAGCGGAGAAAGCAAGUUCUGAAGUCCCUGAAGUGUGUUCAGCGGAAGCUCAGGUGGUCGAUGCUGGAGAAAGCUCAGAUGCUACAGUCGCAGCGGCAGCGGAGGCUGCAGCCUGUCGCGACGCUGCGCAGCCUGCUCAGAUGGAGACCCCCGCAGCUGGGGCUGAACCUGGGCCAGAGGUUCCAAAUGUGGCCAGGGGUGAAACUGCCGAAGUCGGCACCGAAAUGACCUUGGAGGUUACCAGUGCAACUCCGGAUGAAGCCCUUGCCAUCAAUACUGAUAAAGGUACAACAGAGAACGAAAGCUCUGAUGAAUGUGCUGAGCUGGAAGAAGCAAAUUCUCCCGUUGAGUCAGAAUCCUCUACUGCGGAUGAUUUACAGGAAGAAGCCAGAGCUGGUGCCGAGGCCGCCGAGGCCGCAGAGGCUCAAGAGGAAUCUCCUGCAGAUUGAUACUCAGCAAAAAGUGCCGUAGAGACUGAUAGGUGCUUUUGUAGCUUUAGCCAUCUUGGUUGGUUUGGGGUUUUUUUCAAGACUUUUUUGCUUAGAAAACUUUAAUGUGCCUUGAAGAUUUUUGGUAUCUACUUGAUAGGUUUCAGGACUGAAAAUUUUGAGAUUUUAUGUGUCCGAGGUCAGAUAUGGCAUUGUAGUAAAGAGCUUCAAAGACGUUCACCUUGGGGUUUAAGUUGCGUGUCAUGGGAAUUGAGCUACCUACACAACCUGCGUUCACUUUAAUUUCGCUCUGCCUUUACCUUACUGCAGUGUCCGAACAUCUGGAUUCUUGAGUUUGCAUGUGAACUCACUUGAAUAAAACUAGAAUAUCAUUA